AUGUCCCUUUUCGCAGGCGACCUCUUCAACCUCGAGGGAGCUGUUGCUCUGGUCACAGGGGGUGGCACUGGUAUCGGGCUGAUGGCUGCGAAGGCCCUUGCUGCCAACGGAGCGAAGGUUUACAUCACUGGUCGAAGAGCGGGCGUGCUCGAGGAAGCCAUCAAGGCCCACGGCGCUCAUCUCAAGGGUUCCCUCGUCGCCGUCCAGGCAGACGUCAGCUCCAAAGCCGACUUGAAGCGCGUUCUUGGAGAAAUCAAAGAGGGCGUUCUUCACAUUCUCGUCAACAAUGCAGGAAUCGAGGGCCCGGUGACGAAGCUCGACGACAACGUUCAAAGCGGAUACGAUCUCAGCCGCAGGCACAUUGAGAACGAGGACUUUCCCGACUGGGGCAGAGUUUUUCAGAUCAACACGCAUUCCAUCUUCUUUGCCACCAUGACGCUACUGCCACUCCUAGAGGCUGGUAAUAAGAAGCCGCCUCCGAAAACGGCCAACUGGACCGCAUCAGUCAUCAACAUUACAUCCAUAUCGGGCCAGGUACGCCUCUCCCAGAGUCAUUACGCAUACAAUGCCUCCAAAGCUGCCGCCAACCACCUCUCGUCGAUGUUGGCCCACGAGCUGAACUUUGACCGAAAGAUUGGGGUGCGAGUCAAUGCGCUAGCCCCGGGCCUCUUCGCCACGGAAAUGACGUCGAAGAAGCCGUCCAAUGCUGGGGUAUCGAGUCCCGACGAUCUUGUCGGCUUUGCCAAUCCAGCGGGCAGGACAGGAACCGAAGCCGAAAUGGCCAAUGCCGUCCUACUUUUCUCAACAAAUACCUUUGUCAAUGGCCAGACGCUUGCUGUCGAUGGCGGCUUUGUCACUGCGUAA